ACUGGACUCGAUUGAAAACACUGGAAGGUGGUCGCGCCAAGAUCGUUCCCCGUGGUGACCGCUCGAUUAUAUCAAUUGUCGAAAGUCACGCUUUCUAAAUGGAUCUCACUACUAAUGCACUGACAUGAGCCUCGUGGAUAGCAUUGUGCUGGUGUGUUUGGUUGAUUUGGCGAUCUUAUGUGGAGCCGAUUCAAUUGGGACGCCGAUUGAUCACAAGGGAACAGCCUUAGAUCUGUUCAGAACCCUACCGGACAGGUACGCAUCGGUGUGGGGUGAAACAUUCAAGUGUAAGGAUUUCACGAAAGACCAAGUUUUCGAGCUACAUGGAUUGCCAACUGCUCUGAACUUGCGCGGAGAAGUUGUCUGCGGGAAGAACUCUGCGGUUGAGUGUUCUGUGCCCGUCCGUGUGGCAUGGCUUCGAAUGCACACAAUCAUCAGCUCCAUAGAAGAUGAAGCUUUUUUCGAACCCUUUGAGAUCACGUUAUCCAUCAUCAAUGGCGAGGUGGUCGGAACGGGGAAUAUUACAGCAAAGUUGUCGAUUGAAAAGUCCUCUCUACACCUCUUCGACAAGCUGCAACUCAAACAGAUGGUGGAAUGUGCGCGAGUAGGUCUAGAGCAUUUGAUCGUGUGUCUCAUGUGGGGAGAAUGCCGGACCGGUGUCGUUCCUCGCAGUCUCGGCUCCUCCGGAAGAGGAGACGCAUUGAUCACCGAGUUUGGGAAAGAUGUUCGCUCACAACAUUACUCUGCUGCAUAAAUCCGAUUCACCACCGGCCAGCUGCCCGUCCUUCCGUGGUUCAGGACAAACGGAGCGAUUAUUAUUGGCCUGACGCUCUCCCGAAAGUGAUCACCUGCUACCAAAGAGUCUCUGCACUCUCGCUUCCUGAUACUGACUCCGCUGAGCGAGGGCCUCCUCCUACGGAGACUUCGUUGAUCUUAGUCGAAGGUCCCAAGUCUUUUUUUCUUCCGAUUAUCCCCGAAACCCUGGCCUAGCGCUUGUCUUUCGAAGCACCGGACAACUUCCGAACUCAUCGGUGAAUGAACGGACUGGUGAAUACCAUACGGUGCAAGCUAGGAGUCUAAGAGGUCGUAUGCUCCUUCGGAGAUUGCCGUCGCGAGCAAGCCAGGAACAAAUAAUCACGUCGAAUAGGAUCCAAUCACGAUUGUUGUCGAUAUCACACGGAUAUGAUAUUCCGAUGGUUGGUUGAGUUAGCCGUUUCCGUUGUCGAUGGAAUGCGCAUCGGG